CAUAAAGUGGGUGACCUUAGUACGUUUAUGUUGCAUGUCAAACAUUUGACCUGCUCAAAACAUUAGCUUCUUUUAAAAGUUGACAAUGUACAUUUUAUAUGUUACAUAAAAGGUGCAACUUUGUGAAGUAGACACGUCGCCAACAGCAAACAAUAUUAUUUAUUAAUUCAUUACUGAAAAAAUGGAUCAUCGAUGGCCCCUUUAACAUUGUUUCUUUGCUUAAAGUGUUACUGACUUCGAGAAUCAUGGAGUUUGUGCUUUCUAGGUUAAUGUUGCUGAACGUAGCUUUAGAUGUGGAUUCGUGAUUUGAUAAAUUUACGUCGCAAUAUGAUUAAAGGAAUAUUUUAAAUGAAAAAAACAUUUAAAAGAAGAUCCGGUACAACCACUAAAGAUAUCGACUAUGAAAAUUUGAACAUCGCCAACAUCGGGAUCAACUGCGCUACUGACGAUGAAGUAGAGGAUUUUUACUUAUCUUCUAAUGAUGAAAAUUUUGGUGAUUUUGAUGAUAUAGUUAUUAAAAUAACAUCAGCAGCAGGUAGCAAUGUCUCUGCUUUACAACUUAAACAUAACGUUGAAGGUAACUUACACGUAGCAAAACUCAAACAAGAAAACGGAGAUUUUAGCUUAAAAAAAUACUUCAAUUCUGCUCAAAAUAUAAACUGCCACGUUGAUAAUUUUAUUUUAUGUACUAAUCUUAAGUUUGGCGUUAAGGAACAUACACGAUUUUGUCUUGAUGGUGAAGAUUUUCAAAUUGGAUUGUCUCCAUUUUAUCCGAAAGAUAAAAUUUUUCAGUUAUCAGAUACAUUAAAUCAUUGUUAUAGGUUUCAUGUUGUUGAAGAUGACUGUUUAUAUGAUUACUCUCCAGAAAUUUUAAUGUACAGACAGUUUUUUGAGAAAUUUUAUUUCUUUGUUAAUCAGGAUAAUUCUAAAAUUCUUUUAACAAAAAUAGUCGAGAAGUUUACAAAAUUAUUUCUUGCGAAUCAAACCGAAUGUGAUGUGUAUUUGAAAAUGAUAUCCAGGUGGAGUCAACAGCAGGGUGAGAAAUAUAAACUUUGUAAAAAUUGGGUGCAACAUGCCAUUGCACAUACCCUCUUAUCUUCUCGAAUUAAACCGUUGUGUUUUGGUAGUAGUGUAAAUGAGAAUAUGAAAAUUUUACGAGAGGCAAUUUCUGCUUUCACUGUUACGGUAUUUGAAAAUAAUACUUACCAUAAAAUUAAAUACUUAUGGGGCGAUGCCAUGAGUCAGAUUAAAGAUACUAAAGAAUUAAAUAAAACACGAGAAAUGUAUCAUCUUAGCCAUCCUUACAUUGAAACUCUAGACAAUUUAGAUUUGAAGUUAUUAAACACAUUGCUGUGGUUGAACAGUAAAUGUCCAAUAAUUGUAACGGAAGAUGCAGUCGCUCACAAAUUGAUAAAGUUAUGUCCACAAGUUAGGAUUAUUCUUCUUAUAGAUGAUAUUAAUAAAGAAAAUAUUAGUCAUGGUUCAGUUUUUCGAAAUUUGUCGGACUUAAAACCACCACACCUAGAUAAGGUACUCGAAAAGUUUAAUGUUUCAAUUCAAGGAAAAGAAGAGGUCAGUUUAAAAAAUGCAUUUAGUCUUGAUUUUACUCAUACUAUAAGAACAAGCCAUUUGGUAGAAAUGUUGGAGGGUCCGUAUACUAUCGGCGGUCUGUUAGAAAAUCUUCCCGAACCAUAUAUCGAACGAAAUUUAUGUCGAAAUGUUAUAAAUAUAAAAUAUUUUCAAAGGAAUGAUGAAAAUACUUCAGUUGUAAUUGAUGACGUGCAAAACACUGAUUCAUUAAACCAGAAGUUGAAAAAUUGCAGUAUUCAUAAUAUAGAAAAUUACUUAAAUGAACGAGAUUCAAGCGUUCAUUCGACUGAGACAGAAAGAGAUACUACCCGAAUUAACGUUUUUAUCACUAGAAACAAAUGUCACAAAACGCAGUUUGAAGCAAUUUGUGACAAAAAUAAAGAUAAGAAAAUUUUCCACCACUUGAGAUUUAUAGAUGAAGACAGUUUUGAGUGGAUUCAAAGUAAGGGCAAUAUAAGCAGUUUAGAAGAAUAUAAAGUGAAUAAGUUUCUCUUAUCAGAAAAAGAGAUGUGGUGUCGAAAUCUUGCGAACAAUAUAAAUUUGAUAAUUAGUAACCCGGGAAUGGGAAAGUCCGAGUUAAUGAACAGUUUGAAAAACACAUGUCCUUCAAAAAUUUGGAUCAUCUUUAUAAAACCCACAGAUAUUUCUCUCUUUUCGAAAUAUAUUAUAAACGAUAAUAAUCGGUCUGAUAAUUUAGAUUCUUUACAAAAUUUUCUUUUGAAUGAGAAGUAUAAAUGGAUGGACCAAGUAGCAAAGGAGUUUUUACAAGUGUUUAUUAAACAGAAUCAAGUAUUUUACGUUUGGGAUGCUUUGGACGAAAUUCCUACUGAAUAUCUAGCAACAAUUACAAAUUUAAUUGUUGAACUUUCAAAGAAAGGUCACCCCCAGUGGAUAACAAGUCGAUUUCAACUGAAACGUUUAUUAGAGACUAAAUUUAAUGUGCUUUCUUUAAACUUGUGUCAAUUCAGUGAACAAGAGCAAACCACUUACAUUAAAAAACGUCUAGAAAACAUUUAUAUAACCGAACAAUUUGAAGAAAUUAUAAGUAAAAUUCGGUCUUCAUUUGUACUGGUUGAACAUAAAGAAAUAUUAGCCAUACCUUUACAGAUCUUUAUGCUUACAAAUUUGCUUCGUCAAGAUAUAAGCAAAUAUUUUAAACUCCUUAAUGAUAUAUUUGUUUUGACUGAUUUAUAUCAUUAUUUUGUGGAAGAAAAGAUGAAGGUCUACUUUGAAAAAAAAUCCUUGUCUGAAUCAGCAGUUAAAAUACUAGAAACUGCAAUUCUCAAGUACCACCAAAACUUAGCCCUGAAAACAUUAUUCUCCAAAGAAUUCUUAAAGACACUUAAUAUCGAUAUUGAAAAUAGUUUCGAAGACUUUAAAGAAGAAUACGUUUCGGUUGGUUUAUUAACAAAGAUAACGUCAAAACCAGCUUGUUUUAUUCAUAACUCGUUUGCCGAAUAUUUCGCAGCGCUUUAUUUCUCUCAAAAUCAGCGGCUUUCAUCUAUUUUUGUAGAUGUGAUUUUUGGGCCAAGGUAUGUAAAUGUACGUUUUUUUUUCGAUUUGCUGUUGGCAAAAGAAUCACCACCUCAUGUGGCAGUAUUAUACAAAAACAUCAAUGUAUUGGAGAAUUAUGAAAAAGAAGUUUGGACAAGUACAGAUGCCGGUGGACGGAGUGUUUUACAUAUAGCUUCUUCGUGGGGACAAAGACAUCCUCGAUUGGAUGUUACAACAACUUUUGGCGCUUAUAUCGUAGAUGAUUCUGGUUGUCCUAGUGUUGAGGUUGAAAAGGAAGAAAAUGUGAAGAUCUUAAAUUAUUUAUUAAAUAUUUGUGAUUUGUAUCAAUGUGAUGCUUUAUUCAAAAUGACACCCUUAAUGUAUGCCCAAAAAAGUAACUGCCUUGCUAAUGAAAUUAAGAUUUUGAAGCAACAGAACAACAAUUUGAUCGAUCUACCAAUUGAUCAGAUAGUUAACAUAUUGUAUUAUGCAACUGUAUGUGAAUAUGUUGAUGUAAUAGAACAUCUGUAUUUAGAAAUGUCAACUUCUUUUAGUAGACCACGUGCACGGUUAUUAAAUUCUCGGAAGAGCAUUUUUAAUGCUAAAAAUAAAAUGGGCACGACUUUGCUUUACUUAGCAUCCGAAAGAGAUUAUGAGAAAAUUGUUAAAUAUUUACUGAUCUUAGGUGCCGACAUAAAUUUUCGCAGCACUGACGGAAUCACACCUCUUUACGUGGCUUGCCAAAAAGGACACGAAAACAUUCUAGAACUUUUAGUUACUUUAGGUGCAAACAUUAAUCUGGGGAAUGUGAAAGGUGCCACACCUCUUUACAUAGCUUGCGAAGUAGGAAACGAAAAUAUUGUGAAGCGCUUAAUUGCACACGGUGCAAACAUAAACCAGUCGAGAAAAAUUGGCGCUACACCCCUUUACAUAGCUUGCCAAUUCGGAUACGAAAACAUUGUGGAACUUUUAAUUAAAUCAGGGGCGAAAGUCAAUCUCGAUACUGUGAAAGGUGCUACGCCUCUUAUGAUAUCUUCACAGGAAGGACAUAUUAAGGUUGUGGAACGUUUACUUUUAGCGGGCGCAAAAGUAAAUCACUCCACAAUUCGUGGUGUUACGCCUCUUUUCCUAGCUUGCGAAACAGGACACGAAAAUGUUGUGCACCACUUAAUUGCGUUUGGUGCAAACAUAAACCAGUCUACAGUCAUGGACGCUACAGCUCUUUACAUAGCUUGUCAAAAUGGACACGAAAAUAUUGCGGAGCGCUUAAUUGCAUUUGGUGCAAACAUAAAUCAGUGUAGCUACACUGGCGUUACACCUCUUUAUAUUGCUUGCGAAAGAGGGUACGUGAACAUUGUUGAACUUUUAGUUACAUCAGGCGCAGACAUUAAUCUCGGGAAUGAGGAUGGUACCACACCUCUUUUUAUAUCUACUCAGUUUGGACAUAUUAAAAUUGUGGAACGUUUGAUUUCUAUGGGCGCAAAAAUAAACCAGGGCACUCAUUGUGGUGCUACACCUCUUUACAUAGCUUGCGAAAUAGGAAAUGAAAAUAUUGCGGAGCGUUUAAUUGCAUUUGGUGCAGAUAUAAACCAAUCUAGAUCCAAUGGCUGUACACCUCUUUACAUAGCUUGCGAAAAAGGACACGAAAAGAUUGUAGAACUUUUACUUGUAUCAGGUGCAGACAUUAAUCGUACGGCUUUUAUAGGUCGUACGCCACUAUCUGUAGCAUUAAAAAAAGGACAUACCAGAAUUGCUGAACUUUUUGGUGUUUCUGAUAGUUCACAAAUGAAAAAAGUUAAAAAACCAAAUGACACAAGGAACUGUGUAUUAUCUUAAAAUACUGAACUCACCAAAAAUAAAUUAACAAGAGAAAGAGUUAAGACUGAGUACUUUUAAGUAUUUAUAUUGUAAAAAUGUCUGUUUUCUAAUUCGUAUUUAAAUAGGAUCGGUGCAUAUCACUCGAAUCAGUUUCGGAUACUAAGUCAUUUAAAAUUUGGUAACGAUAAAAAUAUUGUUAAAAUAUUAUUUUGCGUUGAAUAUCAUCAAGAGUCACCAAUAUUUUGAUUCUGUGAAGAAUACAUCUUUGGGACUGCUUUACUUCUUCUAAACUAGAUACAUAUGGACGUUAGACUGCCCAGGAACGAUCGUUCGAAGUUUGAUUGAAGACCAUAGCCAUAGAGCUGAUCCGUCAAACACUCCUAGAACACCUAAAGUACCUCGACAUAUGUAUUAACUUUAGCGAACUACUCAACAAAUGUCGAAAUUCUGAAAAUUACGUCCCAAUUAAAGAAAAACUCAUCCUGUUCGACUCACCGUGCAAACUCGGCCGAAAAGUUCGUAGUACUGAAGAUGUUUCUUGCAAGACUGCAGUUGGUGCGACGAAGCGUGCUCGGUGAAUGCACACUCUAUCUAUUUUGAAAUAAAAAAUGAGGCUAAUGUAAAUAGUGUACAUAGGUAUGGAACGAUUAUACCAUUCAAUCGUUCGGAUUCGCAAUUGAAUAGUGUUCAUAAACCGUUUUAAAUUAUAAUUUGUUAUUUAUGUACUAAAA